AUGAAUGUGAUUUCAAGCAAAGAAUGUCGUGAAAAAUUCAUAAACUUUUUCGCAGCGAGAGAACACAUGUUCUAUCCUUCUUCGCCAAUAAGCAUAGAAUCUGACAAGACUCUCCUUUUCGUAAACGCAGGAAUGUGCCAAUUCAAAGACAUUUUUCUCGGAAAACUUGCAUUAGGGUCUGAGUUGAGAAAAUUGAAACGAGUGGCAAAUUCGCAGAAGUGCAUUCGCGCCGGUGGAAAACACAACGACUUGGAAGAUGUUGGAAAAGACGUUUACCACCACACUUUUUUCGAGAUGUUGGGAAACUGGUCUUUUAGAGACUACUUCAAAGAGAAAGCCAUUUGUCUUGCCUGGGAGUGUUUUACACAAGAGUUUGGAAUCAAACCUGAACGGCUUUACGUAACUUACUUUGAAGGAGACGAAAAACAAAACUUAAAACCUGACCUCGAAACCAAACAAAUUUGGCUUAAAUACCUUCCUGAAGAUCACAUUAUCCCCGGAUCUGCUGCGGACAAUUUCUGGGAAAUGGGCGACGUUGGUCCCUGUGGCCCGUGCACAGAAAUUCACUACGAUAGAAUCGGCGACCGGAACGCGGCGAAUUUGGUGAACAAAGACGACCCUAAUGUAUUGGAAAUUUGGAACCUAGUAUUUAUGCAAAUGAACCGAGAAGCGAACGGACAACUGACUGAACUUCCUGGCAGAUGCGUCGAUACGGGUAUGGGGUUGGAACGACUACUGAGCAUAUUAAAUAACGUUACGAGCAACUACGACACCGACUUGUUUAUACCAAUUUUUGAGAAAAUCUUCUCCUUGUGUUCCAACUUAGCUCAUAAAUACAGCGGAGCAAUAGGAGACGAAAAAAACGCCGAAAUCGACAUCGCUUACAGAAUAGUUGCAGAUCACAUGCGAGCUGUUGUUGUCGCCAUAUCAGACGGCGUUCUGCCUUCAAACGAAGGAAGAGGAUACGUCAUAAGACGUAUUUUGAGAAGAGCUGUUUAUGCUGGACAAAAACUCUCAAACUCAAACGUACCAUGGUUGUACGAAUUAGUCGACACGAUUUCUGAUAUCCUGGGUUGUGCUUUUCCCAAUUUGAUAAAAACCAAAGAUAAUAUAUGUAAAAUAGUCUUGGAAGAAGAAACACAAUUCAUAAAGACGCUUUCUAUCGGAUUAAAGCUUUUCAACAAUUCCGUUGACAAACUGAACAACUGCAAAUCCCCCCCAGUAAUGACUCUUUCAAGUACGACGUAA